CCUGCGCCUGGAUCUCGGAGUUCACUCCUCAGUGGCGCUUCUGUCCUGGACAGCAGGCGGCCAGCCAUGGCAGAGCCCAGGGGCCGCCUCCUGCUCUGCCUCCUAGCCUUCUGGCUGUCAGGCUCCAGCUUCAUCUGGGGACAGAAGGUGCGGUCCAAGCACUGCGAUGUGAAGACCAAGUUCAUCACUCACACACCCUGUACCUCGUGCGCUGUCAAGAAGUGGAUGUGUCCUUCAGGCUGGCUUCUUCAGCGUUUCCCAGAGAAGAAAUCCCAGAACUGCCGCUACGAGGUGCACCUAGGGGACUCGCUGUUGUCCAUGAGUGGCUGCAGCAUGGAGUGCUGGAAGGAUGUGGUGCAGAAGGCCUGUUGCCCUGGCUACUGGGGCUCCCAGUGCUAUGAGUGCCCCGGGGGUGCUGAGGCCCCAUGCAAUGGCCAUGGGACCUGCUUGGAUGGCAUGGCUGGGAACGGGACCUGUGUGUGCCAGGAGAACUUCAGUGGCUCAGCCUGCCAGGAAUGCCGAGACCCCCGCCGGUUUGGAGCCAACUGCCAGAUGGAGUGCAGUUGUGUGCAUGGCGUGUGCAGCAGUGGACCACGGGGGGAUGGAAGCUGCCUGUGCUUUGCUGGGUACACUGGACCCCGCUGCAACCAAGAGCUGCCUGCCUGCCAGGCCCUGAAAUGUCCCCCAAACUCUCAGUGCUCCCCAGAGGCUCUUGCCUGUAGGUGCCUGCCUGGCUACACCCUGCAGGACAGCAGAUGCCUAGCUCCUGACCCCUGCCAGUCGUCACCCUGUUCCCCGAUCGCCCGCUGCUCAGUGAGUCAUGAGGGACAGGCUGAGUGUCACUGCCCUGAGAACUAUCAUGGUGAUGGGAAGGUGUGUCUGCCCUGGGACCCAUGCACCACCAACUUUGGUGGCUGCCCCCGCAACUCUACCACGUGCUUGUACCAGAGGCCAGGCAAGGCUAUUUGCUCGUGUCAACCAGGCCUGGUCAGUAUCAACCGCAAUGCCUCCGCGGGCUGCAUUGCCUACUGCUUCUCCCACUCCUGCGACAAGUCAGCCACUUGCCAAGUGACUCCCGAAGGGAGGACCAGGUGUCUGUGCAAGAAGGGUGAGGUAGGGGAUGGGCGUGCCUGCUACGGACACCUGCUUCAUGAAGUGCAGAAGGCCAAUGAGAUAGGCACGCUGUUCCAGCGGCUGAGGACUGCCAUCACCAUGCUGGAGCAGGGCUGCCCGGAGAUCCUCACCACCUCAGGCCCGUUCACCGUCCUGGUGUCCUCUACCUCCACAUCCUCCAGCUCCUCCCAGAGCAUGAACGUGUCACUCUUCCAGCAGCUCUGCAGACAGCAUAUCAUUGCGGGCCAGCACAUCCUGGAGGACGGGGGGACCCCGAGGACAUACACAUGGUGGACACUGGCCGGCCAGGAGAUAACUGUCACCUUCAGCCGCUUGAGGUACACCUACAAGUACAAGGACCAGCCCCAGCAGACGUUCAUAGUUCAGAAGGCCAACAACAUCGCUUCCAAUGGUGUCUUCCACGUGGUCACUUCCCUGAGGUGGCAGCUCCCACCUGCGCUCCCAGGGGACCCCAAGCAAACUGUUGCCCAGAUCCUCGCCUCUAACGAGGUCUUCAGCCGGUUUGAAACCAUUCUGGAGAACUGUGGGCUGCCCUCCAUCCUGGAUGGGCCUGGGCCCUUCACAGUCUUUGCUCCAAGCAACGAGGCUGUGGACAGCCUGCGAGACGGCCGUCUGAUCUACCUCUUCACAGGAGGUCUCUCCAAGCUGCAGGAGCUGGUGAGGUACCACAUCUACAGCCGUGGCCAGCUGACUGUUGACAAGCUCAUUUCCAAGGGGCGGGUCCUCACCAUGGCAAACCAGGCCCUGGCUGUGAAUAUCUCAGAUGAGGGACGCAUCCUGCUGGGACCCGAGAGCACCCCUCUGCGGCGGGUGGACGUGCUGGCAGCCAACGGUGUCAUCCACAUGCUGGAGGGCAUCCUGCUGCCCCCCACCAUCCUGCCCAUCCUGCCCAAGCACUGUGGCGAGAAGCAGCACAAGAUUGUGACGGGCUCCUGUGUGGACUGUCAUGUCCUGAACACCAGCGUGUGCCCCCCAAACAGUGUGAAGCUGGACAUCUUCCCCAAGGAGUGCAUCUACACCCCCAACUCUGUCGGGGUCAACCUGUUGAAGAAGGGCUGUGCAUACUACUGCAACCAGACCAUCACGAAAUUUGGCUGUUGCAAAGGGUUUUUUGGGCCUGACUGUGCACAGUGUCCUGGGGGGUUCUCCAACCCCUGCUAUGGCAAAGGCAAUUGCAGUGAUGGGAUCCAGGGCAGUGGGGCCUGCCACUGCUUCCCAGACUUCAAGGGCAUUGCCUGCCAUAUCUGCUCCAACCCAAACAAGCAUGGAGACCAGUGUCAGGAGGACUGUGGCUGUGUUCAUGGACUGUGUGACAACCGCCCGGGCAGUGGGGGUGUGUGUCAGCAGGGCACAUGUGCCCCUGGCUUCAGAGGCCGCUUCUGCAACGAGACUGUGAGGGACUGUGGCUCUGCGGGGCUGGCUCAGCUCUGCCACGUUCAUGCCCGCUGCAUCAGCCAGGAUGGCGUCUCCAGGUGUGUCUGCCUCGAUGGCUUCGAGGGAGAUGGCUCCUCCUGCACACGCCGCAACCCAUGCUCACAGCCAGACCGCGGUGGCUGCUCAGAGAAUGCUGAGUGUGUCCCUGGGGACCAGGGGACCCACAGCUGCACAUGCCACAAAGGCUGGAGUGGGGACGGCCGGGUCUGUGUGGCCAUUGAUGAAUGUGGGCUGGACACUCACGGAGGCUGCCACGCCAACGCUACCUGCAGCUAUGUGGGCCCCGGGCAGAGCCGGUGCGUCUGCAAGCUGGGCUUCGCCGGGGAUGGCUAUGAGUGCAGUCCCAUUGACCCUUGCCGGGCAGGCAACGGUGGCUGCCAUGACCUGGCCACCUGCAAGGCAGUAGGAGGCGGUCAACGAGUCUGUAUAUGUCCCCCUCAUUUUGGGGGUGAUGGCUUCAGUUGCUACGGUGGCAUCAUCCGGGAACUGGAGGCAAAUGCCCACUUCUCCACCUUCUACCAGUGGUUCAAGGAUGCUGGUAUCACCCUUCCUGCUAACAGUACAGUCACAGUCCUGGUGCCUUCUGAGUCCGCCAUCCGCAGGCUGAGCCCCGAGAACAAGGCUUUCUGGCUGCAGCCGAAGAUGCUGCCAUACCUGGUCAGGGCCCAUUUUCUCCAGGGCACCCUCUCUGAGGAGGACCUGGCCCGACGAGGUGGGCAGGAUGUGGCCACGCUGAACCCCACUGUGAACUGGAAGAUUCGCAACAUCACGGGGAGGGUCUGGGUGCAGAAUGCCAGCGUGGAUGUGGCUGACCUCCUUGCCAUCAAUGGUGUCCUACAUGUCAUCAACCAGGUCUUGCUGCCUCCACGAGGGGCUGUGAAGGUUGGGCUGGGGGUGCUGCAGCAGCUGGAUCAGGUGCCUACCUUCCGCCUCUUCAGGGAGCUGCUUCAGCACCACAGCCUGGUGUCCCAGAUCGAGGCUGCCACCGCCUAUACCAUCUUCGUGCCCACAAACCAAUCUCUGGAGGCCCAGGGCAACAGCAGCAGGCUGGAUGCAGACACGGUGCGACACCACGUGAUCCUGGGGGAGGCGCUGUCCGUGGAAGCCCUACAGAGGGGGGGACACCGCAACUCUAUGCUGGGUCCUGUGCACUGGCUUGUUUUCUACAACCACAGUGGCCAGCCUGAGGUGAACCACAUGCCGCUGGAAGGUCCCCUGCUGGAGGGUCCUGGCUACUCACUGUUUGGCCUGUCUGGGGUCCUGACUGUGGGUUCAAGCCGCUGCCUGCACAGCCACGCGGAGGCCCUGAGGGAAAAAUGCAUAAACUGCACCCGGAAAUUCCGCUGCACUCAGGGCUUCCAGCUGCAGGCCACGCCCAGGAAGAGCUGUGUUUACAGGUCAGGCCUUUCCUUCUCCCGGGGCUGUUCCUACACUUGCGUCAAGAAGAUCCAGGUGCCCGACUGCUGUCCUGGGUAUUUUGGCAUACUGUGUGAGCCAUGCCCUGGAGGCCUGGGAGGUGUGUGCUCAGGCCACGGGCAGUGCCAGGACAGGCUCCUGGGCAACGGGGAGUGCCGCUGCCAAGAGGGCUUCCACGGAGCAGCCUGUGAGAUGUGUGAGCUGGGCCGCUAUGGACCCAACUGCACGGGAGUAUGCGACUGUGCCCACGGACUCUGCCAGGAGGGGCUGCGAGGGGAUGGAAGCUGUGUCUGCAAUGUGGGGUGGCAGGGUCUCCGCUGUGACCAGAACAUCACUGGCCCUCAGUGUGAGAAGAAAUGCAACCCCAAUGCCAACUGCAUACAGAGCUCGGCUGGAGUCCCCGUCUGUGUCUGCGCCGCAGGAUACUCUGGCAAUGGCAGCUACUGCUCAGAGGUGGACCCCUGUGCCCAUGGCCAUGGGGGCUGCUCCCCCCAUGCCAACUGCACCAAGGUGGCACCGGGGCAACGGACAUGCACCUGCCAGGAUGGCUACACAGGCGAUGGGGAACUGUGCCAAGAGAUUAACAGCUGUCUCAUCCACAACGGGGGCUGCCAUGUGCAUGCCGAAUGCAUCCCCACAGGCCCCAGGCAGGUGUCUUGCAGCUGCCACGAGGGUUACAGUGGAGAUGGCAUGCGGUCCUGUGAGCUUCUGGACCCCUGCUCCAAGAACAAUGGAGGCUGCAGCCCUUAUGCUGCAUGCAAAAGCACAGGGGAUGGCCAGAGAACGUGCACCUGUGACACAACCCAUACUGUGGGAGAUGGCUUCACCUGCCGCACUCGUGUUGGCUUGGAGCUCCUCCGGGACAGCCACGCCUUGUUCUUCAGCCUCCACCUGCUGGAAUACAGGGAGCUCAAGGGCGAUGGGCCCUUCACAAUCUUCGUGCCUCAUGCAGAUCUGAUGACCAACCUGUCGCAAGAUGAGCUGGCUCGGAUUCGGGCUAAUCGCCAGCUGGUGUUUCGCUAUCACGUGGUCGGCUGCCGGGCGCUGCGGAGCCAGGAUCUGCUGUACCAGGGCUACGCCACCGCGCUGUCAGGGCACUCGCUGCGGUUCAGCGAGAGGGAGGGCAACAUUUACAUCAACGACUUCGCCCGGGUGGUGAGCAGCGACCACGAAGCGGUGAACGGCGUCCUGCACUUCGUCGACCGCGUCCUGCUGCCGCCAGAUGUACUGCACUGGGAGCCUGAAGCCACUGCCACGCCCCGGAGAAAUGUCACCAACGCCGCCGAGGGAUUUGGUUACAAGAUCUUCAGCCGUCUAGUGAAGCUGGCCGGCCUCCUGCCCAUGCUCCGAGAUGCGGUCCAUAGGCCCCUCACAAUGCUGUGGCCCACCGACUCUGCACUGCAGGCCCUGUCCCUUGAUCGGCAGGCCUGGCUGUACCAUGAGGACCACCGGGACAAGCUGGCAGCCAUUCUCCGUGGCCAUGUGAUUCGCAAUAUGGAGGUCUUGGCAUCUGACCUGCCCAACCUGGGGCCACUCCGAACCAUGCAUGGGACCCCCAUCUCCUUCUCCUGCAGCCGGGAUAGGCCUGGCGAGCUCGUGGUGGGUGAAAAUGAGGCACGAAUUGUACAACGGUACCUGGCCUUUGAGGGUGGCCUGGCCUACGGCAUUGACCAGCUGCUGGAGCCACCUGGCCUGGGUGCUCGCUGUGAUCGCUUUGAGACCCGGCCACUGCAACUGAAGAUCUGCAGCCUCUGUGGGCUGGAGCCACCCUGCCCUGCAGGCUCACGGGAGGAGGGCAGCCCUGAGGCCUGUUGGCGCUACCCAAAGUUGUGGAUAAACGCUCCACUGCGCCCCAUGUUCGGCAGUAUUUGGGGACGGCCUAGCUACUGGGGCCAGCCUCGAAGCCUGGGCAGUGGCUGCCAGCGCUCCUGCGUCACUUCUGUUUGGAAGCCUAACUGCUGUCCUGGUCACUAUGGCAGUGAGUGCCGAGCUUGCCCUGGUGGCCCCAGCAGCCCCUGUAGUAACCACGGCAUGUGCCUGGAUGGCAUGAGUGGCAGUGGACAGUGUAGAUGUCACGUGGGUUUUGCUGGGACAGCCUGUGAACUCUGCGCCCCAGGUGCCUUUGGACCCCAGUGUCAAGUCUGCCACUGCAGCCCCCACAGCCGCUGUGAUGAGGGCCUUGGGGGCUCUGGCUUCUGCUUCUGUGAUGAAGGCUGGACUGGGCCACACUGUGAGGUGCAGCUGGAAUUGCAGCCUGUAUGUACCCCACCCUGUGCACCCCAGGCCAUGUGCCGUGUGGGUAACAGCUGCGAGUGUAGCCUGGGCUACGAAGGUGAUGGCCGUGUGUGCACAGUGGCAGACCUGUGCCAGAAUGGGCAUGGCGGCUGUAGUGAGCAUGCCAGCUGCAGCCAGGUAGGCACAGCGGUCAACUGUACCUGCCUGGCCGACUAUGAGGGUGACGGCUGGAGCUGCCGGGCCCGCAACCCCUGUGCAGACAGCCACCGGGGGGGUUGCAGCGAGCAUGCCGACUGCCUGUACACCGGCCCGAACACCCGGCGCUGUCAGUGCCAUGAGGGCUACGUGGGCGAUGGACUACAGUGUCUGGAAGCAGCGGAGCCCCCCGUGGACCGCUGUCUGGCCUGGCCGUCCCCCUGCCAUUUGGCUGCUGAGUGCACGGACCUGCAUUUCCAGGAAUGGUGCGCUGGCGUCUUCCACCUCCAGGCCCCCAGUGGCCCCUAUGGCCUGAACUUCUCCGAGGCUGAGGCAGCAUGUGAGGCCCAGGGGGCUGUCCUCGCCUCAUUCUCUCAGCUCUCGGCUGCCCAGCAGCUGGGCUUCCACCUCUGCCUCACGGGCUGGCUGGCCAACGGCUCUGCUGCCUAUCCUGCUGCGUUCCCUGCAGCAGACUGUGGCAACGGUCGGAUAGGUGUGAUCAGCCUCGGCAUCCGGAAGAACCUCUCGGAGCGCUGGGACGCCUACUGCUACCGUGUGCUGGAUGUGGCUUGCCGAUGUCGGGAUGGCUUUGUGGGUGACGGGAUCAGCACGUGUAAUGGGAAGCUGCUUGACGUCCUGGCUACCACUGCCAACUUCUCCAUCUUUUAUGGGAUGCUGCUGGACUAUGCCAAUGCCACCAAGCGAGGCCUGGACUUCCUGGAUUUCCUGAAUGAUGAGCUCACCUACAAGACACUCUUUGUCCCUGUCAAUGAGGCCUUUGUGGGCAACAUGACGCUGAGCGGCCGAGACCUUGAGCUACAUGCAUCCAAUACCACCUUCCUGAGCACAAAUGCCAGCCGGGGCACCCUGCUUCCUGCCCACUCGGGUCUCAGCCUUGUCAUCAGUGAUGUGGGCCCUGACAAUGGCUCUUGGGUUCCUGUGGCUCCAGGGACAGUGGUGGUUAGGCAUGUCAUCAUGUGGGACAUCAUUGCUUUCAAUGGCAUCAUCCACACUCUGGCCAGCCCCCUCUUGACACCCCCACAGGCUGAGGCAGUUACGGCACCAGAGAGCCUCCCCAUAGCAACAAGUGUGGGGGCCGUGGUAGCCACUGGAGUGCUGCUCAGUCUGGUGGCCGGAGCCCUGUAUCUCCGACUGAGAGGAAAGCCCACGGGCUUUGGCUUCUCCAUCUUCCAGGCAGAGGAUGAUGCUGCUGAUGACUUCACCCCAUGGCAAGAAGGGACCCCAACCCUUGUCUCCGUCCCCAACCCUGUUUUUGGCAGCCAUGAUGCCUUUUGUGAGCCCUUUGAUGACUCGCUCCUGGAGGAUGACUUCCCCGACACGCAGAGGAUCCUUGCUGUCCAAUGAGGGGCUGACGUCACAGCAGAGCCACAUGGGAAGCAACCACUUUUAUUGCUCAUCUGGACAAAUGGCUGGUGUGGGUGGGACAGGAGGGAGUGGGGGUCUGUCCUGGACAAUAAAGGUACCCUCAGCGGA